AUGCCGGACAUUGAGAUCCCGCUGGCGCGCUUCGAAGAGGAGAAGCAAAUCCCAAGCAGAGCUGAGUGCGCAAGGCUCAUCGGAGAUGCCUAUGCAGAGAGGUAUCUCCAGCAGCUGGGGGUGGACGGUCCCACCCGCUGGGCCAAGGCGCAGGUCUUAAAGCGAGCGCCGCUGACCGAGUGCCAAAUCGAGGCAGCCUGGGGCAGCAGGCACUCUUUGGUUGCGGACCGCCUGCGCAUUCGCCAGCCAGCACUCUUUGCUGAUGCACCGGAGGAAGAGGAGGAAGAGGCAGAGCUCCAGGAGACGGAGGGCAAGAUCGCCAGCUCCAAUGUCGGAUUCACAGGAAGCACCGCCAUUUGGGGGGUCCAUGGGGAGCAGCGCAACGGAUUUUUCGCCAUGGCGCGGCGAGUGGCCGUGGUCUUCCAGGGCUCUCGGGGGGACUCACAGCCCUACGUGGUGGCGGCCAAGGCCCUGCAGGAUGCUGGCUAUGAGGUGCUGGUUGUGUGCCCCCAAGACAUGGCCGCCAUGGCGGAAGCCCAGAACCUCCGCUGCUGCAAGCUGGACCUCUCAGCCCGGGAGAUCACCACCAGCCCUGAGGUGGUCAAAGCUGUCACUGAGAACGACUUCCUGAAGAUUGCUGCUGCAACGAAAGCCGCCAAAAGCAGAGCUGUACUGCACAACACGCAGGUGAUGAUGAAGGAUCUGUCACAGUUCCAGCCAGAGCUCAUCCUUGCUGCUGCUUUGGGUCUUUCUGAGCAUAUCGCGGUGGCCAAAGCUCUUGGGGACGUGCCAUUCAUCUUCCUAGCCAUGCAGGUGAUUGUUCCCAGCAACUACAUCAAUGUGCUGGGUGUGCUGCCCAGACUACCGCGCUUUCUGAACCUAAAUCUCCGGGUAUGGAGGUUUAUCGUGAGUCGCUCUAUCCUGGGCAAGAAACAGUCCUCCAAGUUCCUAGAGGUCUUGGAGGGCAUAUGCAAGAUGCCCAAAGAGGCCCUCCAGGUUUCCUGGGCCGAGUUUGCCGAACACUGCAGCUGCGAUCCCCAGUUCCCCAUUUUUUUUGCGGUUAGCCGAAGGGUGCAGGGACCAUUUCCACCAGACUUCAAUGAGCUUUGCCGAGAACUGGGGCCGCUGACCUUUCAGAGCCACCAAGAAAUCGGCGCGGACUUCGGGGACCACAAGGCCAUGGAGGAUUUUCUGGCGAAUGCGGAGGCGCCCGUUUAUCUGGGCUACGGCUCCAUGGUUUGCCGCUCUGGCAAGUAUAUGACCCUUCUGAGUCUCCGCGCUCUUCGACGGACGGGUCAGCGAGGCGUCGUCGCUUCUGGCUGGGCCGGCAUGUCGCUGACACACCUUGAGGGUGAGGAGGAUGCAGCAGAGCUUGAGGCAUAUUGCAAGGAGAAGGUGCUGUUCAUGGACGAUGCGCCGCACGCCAAACUCUUCCCCCGGUGCAGUGUCCUGGUGCACCAUGGAGGCGCCGGCACACUCUACGCCGCAGCCCUGAGCGGUGUGCCCAGCGUGGUGGUCCCGGUGCUGCUGGACCAGUACGUCCACUGCGCGCUGGUGAAGGACCAACACAUCGGGGUGGGGCUCAAAGCCAUGAAGACGGCGACGCCGGAAGCGUUGGCUGAGGCCAUCACGACCUGCCUGGAGAGUCCCCAGAUCCGCGCCAGCGCCUCGAGCUUGGCCCACAGCCUCCGUGAAGAGGACGGAUCCGUGCGCCUCGUGGCGGAGGUGAAGAGCUUCUUCAGGGAAUUUGUUGACACAGGGCUCUACCAACAGAAGAAGCAGUCUCUGCGGGAGCGUCGGAAAACCUUGCUACAAAGAAUCCGAGAGUGGCUGCCAUGUCCUCCGGGCCGUUUGGCCAAGAAAGAUGGAUGA